AUGGAUCCCAACCCAGAGCAAGUAUUUGACCCCUCUGCCCCAGGUGAUGAAGGACCCCAAGACUUCAGUCUCGAGCCCUGGUGUGACGGUGAUUCAGCGACCGUAACCAGGCUCCUAGACACCCAAGCCUCUUCCAAGACCCUUGAGGAGGUCAUUCAAGAAGCAAAGCAGAAAGCCUCCAGCAUCUUUGCCAACUAUGAUACUCUGAAUGCCAUCCUCUUACGACAUGAGAGCAUCAUCCAGAGCCGCUGGACCAAGAAGAAGAGGACCCAACAGGCUGAGGUUCUCGACAAGGCUUGGCCCGGUAUGGCUGAAAUCCAUCGACCGGACCUUGUCGCGCUCUACAAAAAAGCCAAGCUGUCGGGGCCAGCCGAUGUCAAGGCCCACAUCGAUUCUUUCAAAUGGCCACACAUCAACAAGGAAGACUUGCUCAAGCCGAGGUCGUUACUCCUGCUGCUGAAUGCUCGUGGUCGACACCAGCCGACAGAGUUUGCUGCCGCUGACUUCGAAGCCAUGCAUCUGGGGCUUGCCGCCAAGAAGGUGAUGCCCAUCUACCUCAACGAACAUGUCAUGAUUCUACAUAAGAUUUCAGACCGAGAGAAAUAUGGCACGCUCCUUGCGUGGAAUGAACAUAAAGACACGUUUGAAUGGAUGAAGACCAGGUCUCAAUUCUUACCAGGAGAAGGUCUGCUGGUCCUUGAAGCCCAAGAGAGGCUCAUGGAAUUCCUCGUCAAGGUUUGCAAGAUUAUUCUUCACGACAUUCCUGCUGAGUCUCUUGUUGGUGGAGACUCGGUUAUCCAGCCGGAGCCCCAUCUCAAGAGGAAUGCAGAAAUAGAUGGAUUCGAGUCAUUCGCAGCGAUGGCUGCUGAACGUCCAUAUCGCCUCCCCGCCGAGAUCAGUUUUGACCAGAUAGAGGCGAUUCUCGGAGCUGCCGAGUCUGCCGCAGACGAUCAUUUCUGGUCGAUGCGCAUUGAUCCGGGCUACUUCGCUGAUACGAUUCAGGCUGCCAGAGAGCACCGGAAGGAAACCCUCAAGGAUACAAUGGGUCAAACUCACCCAAUCCUCAAGGGGGCCCGCAAAGAUGAGUUCCUCUCUCGCGUGGUGGGAUCUGUCAUCGCCACUGCCAUCGAACAACUGGAAAUCUUUACCAGGCUUCGGGAGCAGGCUCAAACGCUACGGUCGCUGCACAAGAGAUACGAAAGCACGCUCUCUUCGGAUGAAGAUCUGCCCGAUGACUUCCUCUCUGCCAUCUUGAGAUUCAGGCACUAUCUCGGGCAGUCAUCCAAUUCAUCAUUUGGUCAGCUACAAACGGCCUUUCCAGCAUCCCCCACUGCUCGUAAAUAUUACGUUCGACUGCCGCCGCGAAAUGCGUUCAGCUCCAGAGACCAGGUCAUAAUGGAGCCCGAUGCAUGCAUGAGCGAGCCUGAGAGCGACGCCACCAUGCUUCUCCAAUUGAUGUGGAGAAAGGACAAGGAAAAAGAUCUUUCCUUGCUUGGCCUCGCCACCGUCAUGGACGAGCUCGAUCGCGUGGUUCAGUCCAACCCCAGCGCGAAGAAGCUCAUCUCUCCAACAGUUGCAGGACUAAUUGGUGAUCUAUCCAUCAUCUCUCAAUGCUGUGACCAGAUUGACCAUUUCUUGCCUUGGGCGAGGGGCUUCGAGGACAAGCUUUUUGAACAGCAGAAAGGGAUCACGGCGGAAUUCGUAAAGAAUGCAGGCCCUUUGGAAACUGUGAGGAAGAGCCUUGACGAGAAGAAAAUCAUGCAAGCGGCGAAAUUGUGCGAUCCGUCGGACAAGAAGCUUGAGUAUCCAACUUCCGGUCGGCGAACCAAGGAAACAACCGAGACGAUGCGGCGGGCAGAGGAGACCCUUGAGUACUUCUGGGUUCAGAUUGAUAAGAUCAUCCAGAAAGAAUGUUCAGAACUGGACCGCUUUGCCUUUUGGAGAAUGCUCUCGCAGCCCCGUCAUAUCCAGAGGACCCCAGAAUGGGUCGACCCAAAGACCAAGCAAGCCAAAGCCUCACAGGUGAACAAUGUCGAUGCUGUCGACAUGAUCUACAGACCAUUGUCCAAUCUCUUUAUUGGCCACCAAGACCAAGGACAGUCCAGACAUGCGAGAGACAAGGCAAAGACUAAGACAAAGACCAAGACAAAAGGGCAGCCAUCUGAGAACCAACAUGAAGCCUCUCUUGCCAUUGACGUUCAAGCGAUGGCCCCCCCAGUGGCUGAUCUGCCCUCAAUCCCCGUCGAUGCACGUUCCCUGAAAGUUUUCAGAACAGUCUUCUACAAUCCCAACGUUACAUCAACACCCGGAAUGCUUGCAUGGACUGACUUCGUCUACGCUAUGACCUCUACCGGCUUGUUCUCAGCCGAGAAGAGUCAGGGAUCAGCAUGGCAGUUCCACCGGGUCGACAGCAACCUGAGGGGGGUUCAAUUUCACGAGCCUCACCCGGACCCAAAGUUGCCAUUUGAGACGGCACGACACUACGGAAGACGCAUGCAUCGGGCGUACGGCUGGGUGGGCACAAUGUUUGUGCUGAAGGAGAAGAAGAAGAGUAUCAAGCCAUCGGAAGCUUUGGUCGCUAUCGAUGCAUCUUGA